GUAAGGUGAGCUUUGGGGGCAGGGUUCACACCCACACCCUAGCAUUGGGCAGAGGAUAAAUUCCAACCCAGCUCUCCAUUUUCUCAUCUAAGAGCAGAAACACCAUGGCUAUGACCUUGGGUUACUGGGAUGCCCGAGGAGUUGCUCUCCCCAUCCGCCUACUCCUGGAAUACACAGACUCCAAGUAUGAGGAGAAGAGAUACAAGAUGGGAGAUGCUCCCAACUACGACAGAAGUCAGUGGCUGAAUGAAAAGUUCAAGCUGGGCCUGGACUUCCCCAAUCUGCCCUACCUGAUUGAUGGGUCUCGCAGGCUGACACAGAGCAAUGCCAUCCUGCGCUACAUUGCCCGCAAGCACAACCUGUGUGGGGAGACAGAAGAGGAGAGGACCCUUGUGGACAUUGUGGAAAACCACUGUGGGGACAUGCGGCUGCGGCUGGCCUGGCUCUGCUACAGCCCUGACUUUGAGAAACUGAAGCCCGAGUUCUUGGAAGGGCUUCCUGAGAAGAUGAAGCAGUUCUCAGAGUUCCUGGGGAAGAGGCCAUGGUUUGCAGGGGACAAGCUCACUUUUGUGGAUUUCCUGGCUUAUGACAUCGUGGACCAGCAUCGCAUAUUCCAGCCCAAGUGCCUGGAUGCCUUUCCAAACCUCAAGGACUUUUUGGCUCGAGUGGAGGCUCUGAAGAAGAUCUCUGCCUACAUUAAGUCCAGCAGCUUCCUUCAUGGGCCUCUGUUUGGACCGACAGCUUCAUGGAACAGCAUAUAGUGUGUAUAAGGGCACACUCGUCACACUCAGAGAAGGAGAUGCUUUGAAUUUGCUGUACUGAAGCCAGGAGGUCAAAGUGACUCUCCUACACCCCUGGUUCUCCUCUCUGUCUCUUUCCUUAUUCAUUUCUUUCUUGCUUGCUGUGAAAUUACUUGUUCCUUCCUUUCCCUUUCGCAUUUGUCCAUUUCUCAGAGCAUCACACACCCCAUCUUUAUUCAGUAGUGUCCUUCUCAACUUAACUUCUCUGAGUCCCACAGACCAUCUUCCUUCAGUGUCCCCUUGGCUGUGAGGUGUCUGACUGGGCCCAGGAUCCCUGUGUAGGCUCUGCUUCCUCAGCUUGCCACCCUACAUGCUGAUAUUUUUUAAGUAUCCCUAUUUCUUUCUGUAGGUGAGAUUGGUGUGUAUAGACAUCUUUUUGGUCCUUCUUUUAACAUCUUACUCAAACAAAUAACCUGUUCUGCCUGAUCCCCAGUAAAGCCUUCAUCACA